AUGGCAAGCUCAUCAAACACCGAUGCUACAGCACGAACACAAGAAGACCUGGAGUACUCUUCUGCAUUAAAUUGCACUGUUUCUAACUUUGUUUCUGUGAAGCUUUCCAGUGACCGCAACUACCAUCUUUGGGAGAUGCAAAUGCUUUGCCUCCUCGACAGUUACAAUAUGCAGGAUGUCUUAGAUGCUGCGUUUAAUGGUUCCAUGAGGAAACAAUUUGACAGUCUUGUUAAAGGAUGCAGACCAUCUGACUGUUCUCUUUGCCCAUCUUUAGCCGCCGUCAGAUCAUCUCCGACCGCACCCUCUACAACUCUUCCUCUUAGCCCUCUCAUCUCCAUUUCUAAAUAG